UGCACGGCCACACACGUCUAUUUGAAACGAAAAUAUCAUGAUAAGGAAAGUGUUUAAAUAUUCAUCAUGGUGAGGGAGGUAAAUUUUACAGUCAUUGAAUGCAAGAUGAAGCACAAACGCAUAAAUCCAAGCUCAUUCCAAGUGUGAGCCGAAGGGAGGACGAACGGGUGCGUCUAUUUUAGGAAUUGAUGGGACCAAGCAGAGACAAACUCAAUGAUCCACGACUCCUGUUCCUCCAUUUCCUUGUUCCUUCUCCACCACGAACACCGUUGACGGAGCUUUUUCGUAUCUCUACCCAUCGACAGUAACAAAGACGGCGACGGAUACAGCAGCUUCCUGCCCUCAUAACAGCAGUAUUAACCAUGCCUGGCGUCUGGACUCGUCAUCCGCGUUAUUCGCUUUUCGUGCUGGUUGUGCUGGCCGCCACCUUAUACCUGCUUAACCCUUACGAGACGAACCCGACGAUCUCUACUUACCCAUUCAUUCGUGACUCGGAUUUGCCAGCUAGGCUGGCGCGAGCAGAUGUCAUUUACGAAAAAACCCUCCGGGACCGAAAAGGGCUCAUACGAACCUUUGGUCCUAAUCCAAAUGAAGUUUUAAUGUUUCCUCCGGAUAAGGAUCCUUGGCCAGCUUAUACCGUCUGGGACUUUUUCCCAGCCUCGUAUAAUUGCCCACAUGAAGUAGAACGGCUUGGUGCACUUGGGGACGGCGGAAAAUGGGUCUGUGGGUUAUCUCGUGUGCAAGAGAAGCCGAACUGUGUUAUCUAUUCUAUCGGUAUCAAUUACGAGUCUUCAUUCGAGGCGGAAAUCCUCGCAAAUACCCGGCAUUGCGAGAUCUGGGGUUACGAUUAUAGUGUCAAGUCAUUUGGCCCUCAAAUACCACGGUCCUUGGCGUCGCGUACCCAUUUCUUCCCAUAUGGUUUGGCAGGCAGCGACAAGGCGGCGACAGAUGACUCGCCUCCUAUGUUUACCCUCGAAAGCAUUAUGGCAAUGAAUGGACAUAGCCACAUCGAUAUCCUCAAGAUUGACGUGGAAGGAUGGGAGUUUGAAACGCUAACUGCUCUCAUCGGGCCGUACUUGCACGCUGACAAGCCGCUUCCGUUUGGCCAGCUUCAGCUCGAAAUUCACAUAUGGGGCAAGCAGUUCGCCGAAUUCUUGACGUGGUGGGAGACCCUCGAGGCUGCCGGUCUCCGACCUUUCUGGACUGAGCCCAAUCUGGUAUACCAGAAUUACAACAAACAGAGUAAUACUGAUCUUGCAGAGUACUCGUUCCUGAACAUCAAAGGCGACAAUAUAUUCAUCAAGGACCCUCCUAAGCGACACAUUGCCGCAGCUGUUGUCGACUAGACCCUCCGCCAGGGGUAAUCCUGUAUAACUUAUGUAGUAUGCUUACUGUAUCCAAUCAAAUGCUGUAGAUUAUUCGCCGUCAUAGGUUGGUUGGACUGUUUCUGUUCAUAUGUUAUGAUAUCUAUCGUACUU